AUGCGCUGGGUGUCGGCCUUCUUUGCCCUGGGAUUAACAGGUGCAUUGCAAGCAAUUGCACUAGAUGCUACGAUCUUCACUUUUCCUCCCAGAAUUGCAAGUUCCAUAACUGUUGGCUCGCAAGGACAAACGAUAACAGAGGAUGAAGCUAGGCUUGUCCUAGAGCUUCGCAUGAAGUCGUCUGUAGCAUCAGUUCUUGGAACGGUGGAUGCAGACACUGUGGAUCAGUUGAAUUCCUUCGCUCCGGAUGACUUCAUUCUCUUUGGUGGGGCAAUUCAAGAGCUUGCUCCCGAAAGAAGCAUCUUGGUUCUAGAAGGGGUCGACGAACAAAGUGCACUAGCUAUGCAGAGGGCUCAACAAGUCCACCUGCGUGUCCCUCAAAUUCCCGCAGCAUUCCAGGGUUCUGAUCUGUUGAGAUCAUUCGUCGAAAGCGCUCCUACUACAAGAGGAGACGAUGGAAAAUACUGUACAUACUCUAACGAUGCCAGCAUGGCUACAUCCACAAUAUCCCAGACCUCCAAGGAAUGCCUAUUUGGGGACCCGAUGUUUGCUGAUGGGCCUGACUUGCCCGUCGAUGACUUCCUCCCGUUGAUUGAUUCGGUGGAAUCUUGGACGGCCAAGGAUCAAAGAGAGUCAGUCAUGAAAUUAUCAUUCAAGAAUGCCCCUAGUGAUUCUCCCCUGGAAGCCACUGCCUUGGAGACCUUGCUUCUUCACCUAGCUCAGGCAUCGUCCACUAGCAAGCGAGAAGUGACUGUUCUGGUCCUGCCAUCAAAUGUCGAAUCAGCAGGCCUCAGCAACCCACGCGUGAGGCGGUCAGCAGCCUCACUCACCCCGCGUAAUAUCCCCGGAAGAAGGUCUACGCAAGAUUCUUCUCUGCAGUCGACCCUGGCGCCUGUUUGCCAUGCUUCAAACUCAUCUUGUGCCGAGGCUACCAAUAACUGCUCUGGGCAUGGUUCUUGCUAUCUAAGAUAUGGCUCAGGCGUGGAAGCAACCACGGGUAAUUGCUAUGCCUGCAAAUGCCACCAAACCAUUGUUCAAAAUAGUGAUGGCACUACCCAGACAGUGCAGUGGGGUGGGUCAGCUUGCCAGAAGAGAGAUAUCAGCUCACCUUUCUUCCUUGUUGCGGGAGUCAGUCUACUCGCCAUCGUCAUGGUUGGUAGUGCAAUCGGGAUGCUGUUCAGCAUGGGCUCACAGGAGCUACCCAGUGUCAUCAGCGCUGGUGUAGGUGCUCCGAAGUCUCAGAUCUGA